GGGAAAGAGAAAAUGAAUUGGACGGAUGAGAUUGAAAUUCAGGAGAGCCACCAUUUUAAAGAGAACUCUUUUUUCUUUGUGAAUUCUCCUAAAAUUGGCAGCUAAGGCAAAGUGGGGAAAUGAGGAGUACAAUGAUCGAGUUGAUUGCUCCGUCGAUGGCUGUUUCACUGAGAUUUCUAGGGUUUUUUCGGACUGAACCGAUCUUGCCAAAUUCGACGAACGUUGAGCUUGUGCGUUCGAUUUUGGACUGGAAUCGUCGAUUUUCAGUGGAGUGAGUGGGAUUGCCGUCUGAAUUUUGCAUUUACCGAAGAAAUAUCAUAAUAGUUGAUGGAGCUGGAGAAAGGUGGUAAGCUUGGUUAUUUGCCGUUUACUGAAGUUGAUGCGAGGAACCUUUUGCAGUCAACAUGCUGCUGGGUAUUUGGCUUGGUGUAGAUAAUCAUGGCAUGAACUGUUUCUUCAGUUGUGUGCUUUUGCUUGAUGAGAAUUUGCUGUCCUUCUCUUGGGCAUUGAAGGGGUUUAGAGGCUUUAUGAAUGAGAAGGCUCCACAGACGAUUUUGACAUACCAGAAUGUGUGGUUGAAGGAAGCUAUUGCAAUCGAGAUGCCAGAGAUCAGACAUGCCUUCUGCAUCUGGGACAUUGUUGCAAAGUCCUCAGAUUGGUUAUAUGUGUUGCUGGGACAGUGUUAUGAUGAAUAGAAAGCUGAAUUAUUAGACUCUUCAACCUUGAAUUUAUUGAAGAUUUUGAAGAAGGAUGGAGGGAAAUGGUCUAUGAGUAUAGGCUUCACACGAAUAGGCACAUUUCAAGCAUACAUGCUCUGCGCAUGUUUUGGGCGUUGCCCUUCUUGAGACGUCACUUCUUUGCUGAAAUGACUAUACCUGCCAGUCUGAGUCGAUCAAUGCGUUUAUUCAAUGGUUUCUCAGCGUACAGUCUCAACUUGAUCGCUUUGUAGAGACUAGAGAGGGCAUUUGAUGUUGUCGCUUCUAAUCAUAAGCCAGAGAUGCAACGAAAGGUGCAGAAGGUUUUCCUCGAAAUGGGUUCACCAAUCGAAUCACAUGCAGCUGCUGCUCUUACUCCAUAUGCUUUCCAGAAACUCCAAGAUGAGCUUGUGCUAGCUCCACAAUAUGCAUCUUUCCCACUAGAUGAGUACUGUUUCCAAGUGAGGCGUCACACUGAAUUGAAUGGCGGCUGUAAAGUGAUCUCUGAUCCUUGUCAAGAGCACAUCCGCUGCAGCUGCAAUCAGUUUGAUUUCUCCGGGUUUCUCUGCAGGCAUGUACUACGUGUCCUGUCAUCAAGCAACUGUUUUCACAUACCAGAUCAAUACCUGCCAAAUCGAUGGUGUGUUAAUGUUUUGUCUUCAACAGCGCACUCCGAGAGGAUUCAUCAUCAACAGUUGGUGACCUCAGAACUUGUGGCAGAGUCAAGCGAGAUAGAAGAGUGACUCGAAGUUGCUUUUAAACAGAUUUCGUCAUUAUUAUCUCGCAUCAAGGAGCUUCCUCGUUUUGAUCAUGAAGAAGAGAAUGAUUAUAUUGCUUGGGGAAAGCUGAAGGAGAGAAGAGCUAGAGAUGGGUUUGAACUUUCCAGAAAGCGAAUGCAUUGCUCAGGCCCUUGAUGUGGGCAGUUUGGACACGAUGCAUUAGAAUGUCCAAUAAUGGGUGGUGAUCAGCUGAAUGUCGGAGAACUUGGCUGCUUAUAAUGCAGAAUUCUGGAAUUAGAACCUUUGAUUGCACUUGAUGCUCACCUCCUUCUAACUUUAAUGUUUUGGGCACUCCGAUCUAACCAAGAUGACAGAAAUGUUUGAAAGCCAUACUGCUACAGGAUACCUUAUUGAUCUGCUGAAUCGUCUGCCAAGGAUACCUUGCUUAGCCUACUUGGCAACGUCCUCGCAAUGUUGUUGCAGAAGACAUUCUCUGCCGAAACCACAGACAGAGUGAACUGAAGGUUAUCAGGAUUGCUGAUAAAAAGACCCGACCUCCUGGCCAGUCUAGACCAGGCCUAUCUUACCUCCGGCCUUUUGAGUCUAAGAAAACUGGGUAAUCCUUUACUGUCCAUUUCUACUCUAGAGAAACUUCAAGAUUUCACUUCCAUAUUACUUCACGUUGACUCAGAAGCCCCUUAUAGAUUUUGGACUGUGGGAUAGCAUCAAGAACCAUAUUCUGCUGAAUCUGGUGUCAAUAGAAUAAUCGGCCGCCUGUUGUCUCACUUUUUGGCUUUUAUUGGCUGCUGAUAUUAUCGUGUAUCCGUCCAUUCCUGCUAUUACUUUAAUUCCAAGCUUUGUGUUGCCUUUCCUGUAUUAGUCAGAAAGGAAUAAUCAGAAAAGAAUAAUUGCGAUCAAGCAUCUAAUCAUCCUUCCAACCACCCUUUCUGCUGAGUGCCUGAGUCCCAAUCCUAUCAAAAUCGAGGCUUUGGAGCUUUAUAGUCGGGAUUUGGGGCGGGAUUAGGAAUCCAAAAAUGCAAACUUUAAACGAGAGAUAAUGAUAAUUAAGCGAGCCUUUUAAGGCAGAGAAGAAGACACGAGAGGAAUGAAGUACAAGGUUUCUCCCGAUAAAGCCCCCUGCCUUCCCAGAGAGAAAGGAAUCUGUGGACUUUAAGCAACCUUUCCUCCAAGCAAUUCUGCAGUUCCCACCUCUCCCCUUGCCUUUUUUCCAUGGAUGGGUUUUGCAUCUAUGUUCCCCUUCUUCCUCUUCUUCUUAUGGAGCUUUGAGCUUUGCGGUGAGAACUGUUGGCAGCCAUGGCUGAAGGAAGAAGAGCAGUCACCCACGAAGAUCUCGCGCCAUCCCCAGGAAGCACUGAUUUAGGCAGCAGAACUGCCAUAUCCAUCGUGCUCCUCACAAUCCUCUCUGGCCUUUUCUGCUUCGCCCUAUGUCUCAUUGCUGAAGCCUCCCGUUCUCAGGAUACGUGGGAGGAUCAUCAAUGUGUCUAUAGUGGUAGUGGAGAGACGCCAUUGAUGUGCGGUGCUAUUGCGUUCAUCGGACUGGCGGUGGCCAUGGUAGUGGAGCACACAUACCUGUUGUUUGCAGUGAGUAAAGCCCCACCGCCAGCUCUGGUCGCUUGGGACCCUAACUACGGCCCUUCCAAGGAUGUCACAUGGCAAGCUGGUGCCUUUUUCAUCACCACUUGGGUGUGCUUUGCGGUGGCGGAAAUCCUGUUGCUGAUCGGACUGAGCGUGGAAUCGGGUCACCUGAAGAACUGGGCUACCCCGAAACAGAGCUGUCUGGUGAUCAGGGAAGGAGUGUUUGCCGCCGCCGGAGUGUUCUCCCUCCUCACCGUGCUCCUCGCCGGCGGGUUGUACCUGACUGCAUUUCGCGCGCAGAGAAUAUCUCAAGAGCACGAAACGGCGCGGCGGCAGGUAAUCGACGUGUCGGUGCUCUAUGCUUCCCCGCCGCGCUCGCCUACACGGCAGCGAGAGCAUAUCCCGGCGGCCGAGAGGGAAGACCCUGUUCGCAGACAAGACCAUCUCUCCAUUGCAUUGCCGCCGGCUCUGAUCAAGCAAUUCAGUUUCGUAUAGGAGAUGAAAUAAGAAAAGGAGAACAUUUUUUUUUAAAGAAGAAUGUUAAGCCUUGUCAGGCAAAAAGCUUCAGAGCUACAUUACAGAGAAAUAUGCGUAUAUACCAUGUAUAUAUCAUUGUAUUUUUUGGGAGGAAGCUAGCCUUUCUUUCUUCUUCAUUUUGCGUUACAUCGUCCUGUCCGUUGUUCGGAU